UGGGGCUGUUUCCCGAUACUAUGAGUGCAACACAGAGUCAACCACCAAUCUCGGCCCAACUUGCUGUGUGACAAUAUUGAGAAGCAUGUUCACAACCAUCACCCCAGUGCAAAACAUAUUGUCCAUAUCUUCUCAUGUCGUGCAUGGAAACGUCGGAAAUGAUGCCAUUCAAUUCCCUCUAAAUCUCCGAAAUUGGAACGUUGACUGCAUUAAUACCACAAAUUUGUCUGCACACCCUGGACAUGGCGUAUUUACAGGAGGAAAAGAAAAAGCUAAACUGGUAGGAGAUCUCUUUCAAGGACUGAAAGAGCUUCUUCUUGACGACGAGUAUCAGGCAGUCAUAAUUGGUUAUGUUGCGAGUAGCGAAAACUUACAGGUUAUAUGGAAUGACAUUUUGACUCAAUUCACUAGGAAAAACGUCGUUAAAGUGAUGGAUCCUGUAAUAGGGGAUAAUGGUAAAGUAUAUGUAAGUCAAGAAAUUGUGGAUCUCUAUUUGGAGUUAUUGGGCAGAAAUGAGAUUGAUAUUGAUUUGCUCACUCCAAACAUGUUCGAGAUAGAAGUGUUGACGGGCAUCAAAAUCAAUUCAUGGGAAACGGUGAAGAAGUCAAUAGAUGUUUUCUGUGCAAAAUAUAUGAGAGUGAAAAACUUGGUAAUUACGUCGGUUACAAUAGAUGGCAAAAUGUAUUGUGUCGGGUCAAGUAAGGGGAAGUCUUUUUACUACAAGGUCAGUGAGGUGGAUGCAAUUUUCUCCGGGUCUGGAGAUUUGUUUCUAGCUCUUCUGACAGAUGAACUGGUGAAAAAUGAACAGGUUCUUGCAGUUUCUGUUUGCAAAACAAUCAAUGUUGUUACUGACGUUUUGAACAUGAGCUACCAACUCUUGAAGGACGAUUGUACUACUAAGAGAAACGCAAACGGUAAAUUGUAUAUCCCUGACCUCAAGCUAGUAGAAAGUAAAAACAUUCUGGUAAGGGAUGUCGAGGUAAUAGAACCUACGUAUUUAAAUUAACAGUACAGUCAUAGAAAUAAUAUCUUAAUAAAUGUAAUCACAACAGUAGUUCAGAAUCAUCAUCGGAAAAGCUCUCAGCUUUUGACUUACCGUCAUUGUUCGUGCUGGGCUUAUCCUUAUUCUGCUUUUUCAUGUUGGCCCGAGCUUUCUUGAUCAACUCUAGAUACUGAUCGUUGUUUUUGUUGUUCCACUCAUCGUGCUGUAUUUUCUGUCGUUUUAUUGUUGGCUCGUCAUAAUUCACCGGAGGUGAACUCGUAUUUCGAGCAUUACUAGUGUUGUUGCUAUUGUACAAUCCUCCAUUGUUUGGUUUAUUAUUGAUCAAAGCCUCCCACUUCUGUAAGCGAUCUACCACAACCCUGUCACUUACAGGAUUUAUGGAAUCGAGGUUUGCGUUGUAUAAAUUAAUGUACUCUUUCAUUCGUUG